AUGGUUAUGGCAACUGCCGUCAUCGAGCACUACGCACCACUCAACCAUCAUGUUCCUAUGAAAAGUUACGAUCUCUCCGAUGGUGACCAUCAUCAUCAUGGAGUAAAGCUACCCAAGCAAAUCAUUGCCGAGGCCAUGCGCCAGCGGAUCGAUGAUAUUGACCAUGAGCGCUGCGAGCCCGGCGAUGAGGACACCUUCUUCGUCGCUGAUCUGGGCGACGUCUACCGCCAGUACCAGCGCUGGAAGUUGAAUCUCCCCCGCAUUCGGCCCUUCUACGCCGUCAAAUGCAACCCGGAUCCCCAAGUCCUCAAGCUCCUCUCCAGCCUCGGCACCGGAUUCGACUGCGCCUCCAAGGCCGAAAUCGACCAGGUUCUCUCUCUCGGCUUGAACCCUGACCGCGUCAUUUAUGCCCAGCCAUGCAAGACCGGCUCCUACCUCCGCCACGUCAGAGCCGUUGGCGUCAAGCAGAUGACCUUUGACAAUGGCGACGAGCUGCGCAAGAUUGCCAAGUUCUACCCCAACGCCGAGCUCUACCUGCGCAUCAUGACCGACGAUACGUCGAGCCAGUGCCGUCUGAGCAUGAAAUUCGGUGCCGCCAUGGACACCACCGACAGCCUCCUCGCCUUGGCUAGUGAGCUCGGCCUCAACGUUGUCGGCGUGAGCUUCCACGUCGGCUCCGGCGCCUCGGAUCCCAUGGCCUUCCUCAAGGCUGUCCGGGAUUCCCACAUUGUCUUCGAGCAAGCCCGCGAGCACGGCUACGACCUGCGCACUCUCGACGUUGGCGGUGGCUUCUGCGGCGAGACUUUCGAGGAGAUGGCCGCUGUCCUCACCGCCGCCCUCGACCAGUACUUCCCACCCUCGCGCGACGUUAACAUCAUCGCCGAACCGGGCCGCUUCUUCGUCUCGUCGGCCUUCACCAUCGCCUGCCACGUCAUCGCGCGCCGCACCAUCGAGGAUCCCAGCAUGGCCGAGACGGGCUACAUGGUCUACGUCAACGAUGGCGUCUACGGCAACUUCUCCUGCAUCAUGUUCGACCACUACAACCCCGUUGCCAAGAUCCUACGCGCUGGCGACCGCCUCUGCUAUGACAAGCCCGAGGCCUCCGCCUCCGUCACCGGCGAGGGCAUCCAGUACUCCAUCUGGGGUCCAACCUGCGAUGGCAUCGACCGCAUCACCGAGAGCAUCCGUUUCGAUCAGAUCCUCGACGUCGGCGAUUGGAUCUACUUUGAAAACAUGGGUGCUUACACCAAGUGCUCUGCUACGAGGUUCAAUGGCUUUUCCGACAAUCAUGAUGUUGUCUAUGUUUGCAGUGAGCCUGGCGCGAAGGCCCUCUUGACCAUGUGA